AGUAUGUCGUUUUACUUCGCAGUUGGUAGCAGGUAAACCGAGUCACUUGAGCGAUAAUAAGGUGUUUAAUUAUCACUUAAACUUGAGUUGCUGAAUUGAGUGUAACAAUAAUAUGGAGAAAGAUGUAAAAGUGUCCAAUGUUAGUGUUUUUAAAAUCAAUGAAAUCGAUAAAGAAAAGACUGACAAAAAUGUAACCAGUGAAAGUGAUUACUUAGAAGACUGUAUAGGUGCUAAUGGAAUUUGGCAGACGUUUGUCUCUUUUGCCAUAUUGACGAGAUCUAUUGCAAUGUUUAAUAUGAUAUCAAUAGUAUUUCUAACUCCAACUACCGACUAUCUAUGUAUUGAGUUCAAGGACAACAUUACCAUAGAAGCUAGAAAUGGGACUUGUUAUGAAAAUUGCACAAAAUAUGUUUUCCAUUCGGAGGCUAUGCGGACCACUUUGAUAUCAGAAUUUGGAUUGAUUUGCGAUAGGGAAUGGAUGGCAAGUUUCAGUCAGACGAUUAUAAUGUGUGGCGUUGUAUUUGGAGUUUCAAUUUUUGGAUGGAUCUCAGAUAGAUUUGGCCGUCGCGUAGCACUGAUUUCUUCGUCCCUUCUGAAUGUUAUAACCAUGAUACCGGCGUCAUUUGUCUCCAGCUACUGGAUGUUUAAUUGUUUGCGGUUCGUCACUGGCAUCGCUUCCGGCGGCUCUCUAAUAGUUGCUAUACCGGUUAUAAUGGAAAUUACCGGGAAACGAUACAGAGAGUAUGCAGGAGCAACUUGUCUACUUCCUGAUGGUAUUGCACAAGCAUUAUUAGCUUUGUAUGCAUACUAUUUACCAAAUUGGGACUCAUACUUGCUUGGACUUGGUGUUACAUGCAUUCUCAUUUUGAUAUUGGUAUGCUUUGUACCGGAAUCACCUAGGUGGUUGGUAGCCAAUGGAAAGGUGGAUAAUGCUUUGAAAAUCAUGUUUGGUGCUGCUAAGGUAAAUAAGCUAAGUACAGAACACAUUACAGACACUGUGAUGAAAAGUAUGGAAAAUAUGAAAAUUGAAGAAAAAAAAGUGACUGCAUCUUAUUUGGACUUUUUCAAGGACAUACAAACUAUCAUUAUAACUAUGUCCACUUUUGUGAUAUGGUUCGUCCUAGGUGUCACUUAUUAUGGUAUAUACCAGUACAUGACCUUUCUUGGAUCCAAUAUUUACAUAACUGUAGUCAUUUUAGGGUUGAUCCAGGUCCCCUUAUGCCUCGUAGAAAUAGCAUUGACGAGGCUGUUUAAACGAAGAACAGCAAUCGCUUCAGCAUUUCUGGUCACCGGUGUCUCCAUGACCGGUCUCAUCUUUACUCCUGAAGGUCACUGGGCUACAACCUUGCUGGGCGUUGUAGGAUUCUCCGCCAGUUCAGCGACUUACGCGGUCACCUACUUGUGCCAAGCGGAAUUAUUCCCUACCCCUUUGAGGAAUAUGUCUUUUGGUAUAGUCUCCGCAGCUGGAAAGGUUGGGUCAAUGAUUGCCCCUUUUAUAGCGAAUAUGUCCCCUAAGUGGGUCCCAUCGUUGAUAUUUUCUGUACUGUCGGUCGUUGCGGUUGGGUUUUGUUUGUUACUACCGGAGACAAAGGGAAAGAAUUUAAAGGAUACCAUUGAUUAGUCUAAUUGUAAUUAUUUAUCACCAUUAUCAGCCUAUUUUAACCGCCCACUACAGGGCCAAGCUUUUUUCCUUAUAGGGAAGGGGAUUCUCCAAAAUUUCUCAGUGCCUGAAGAGGAGAGUUUUUAAUCAGUGCGUGUACCAGUGGCCUUGUCUCAGAUUACGUAUGGAUCUGAGACUUGACCACUAGCUAUGAGCCUCAUAAAAAGGCUCAGAGUCACUCAGCGUGCGACGGAGCGAGCUUGGAGUUUCAUUGUGUAAUGGAAUCAGAAAUAAGGAUAUCCGCAGAAGAACUAAAGUCACCAACAUAGCUCACCAAGCGAAAUCAAAGUGAUUAUGGGCAAGUUCGAAGAGCCGAUGGAUGUUGGGGACCCAAGAUGCUGAAAUGGCGCGCUGCACCGGAAAGCGCAGUGUUGGUCGACCCCCCACUAGAUAGACAAUGGUGGACUAGCAUUGAACUUGGGAUCUGAUAGAUUUCAGCAGAAUCCUUUGAACCCCUAGCUUUUAAAAGUUACAAGGGCUAUGACAUCUUUGUUAUCAGUAAGUUCAUUAUCAAUUCAUAUCAGAGAAUUAUUGACCGGAAUAUAACCUAUCGUUAACAGCAGACAGUUUUGACAAAUUUAUGGCGCAAUCAUAAUAAUGGCUCACAUUUAGGACAACUCAACAACUUUAGAAUUUUCUAUGUUCUGAGGAUCAUUUCUACCAUUAGGUAUUUUUGCUGAAAAUACUUAUUUAGACCAUUCCAUUCCAUUUUUUUUUCUCAACUUAGAUUUUCUUACAAUUUUAUUUAUGUACAAGGUGUAUUGAAAUCCCAAACCCAUGUUUUUCGUUUUCUUACUUUAACAUAUUUUUUAUAGUGACUAGGCUUUCCCUUCACUGCCACUAUGCCUUUUGCUAUAGUUCAACAAAAUCACUUCAAAGAUUUAGCCGUGAACAGGUAAAUAGACAUAAGUACAAACAAACUUACUUUCCAAUGUAAUAUAAGAUUGGAUGCUUAUUUAGGUUAAGGAAAAAGAUCAAAGAUAAGUUAUAAUAUAAUUAAGUUAAAUUCUGACUCUAAGAUGUAUUCAAACAAAUAUUUUUAAUAUUAUGUUCCUCCAUUUAUUGAAGAAGUUUGAAAGGGAAACGAAGCAUUAGACUGCACAGAGCAUUCUAAUUCGUGCAAUUUAACUAUUAAGACAGCACGACACUGCGCGGACAUCAAAGGUGCCGCCGCCCCCUCCCCCCUUUACUCCUUUGACAUGUAAAUCGCCGCUCGACGGGAUGAAUCCGCCGUGUCGGCGAAUGUUACUGUCACUUAAGUAUGCAAAGAUGAUUUUUGAUUGUUUGUGGGAUCGAUUUUUUUCUACAUUGAUUGUAUAAUAUACUGACCGAUUUUCUAUACUGAUCGUAAAUAGUGACCUAUUUUCUGUGUUGAUUGUAUAAAUGGUGACUGAUUUAUAUAUUUGCUUGUUAAUCGAUUGUAUGAAUAAAAAAAUGAUGUUUUUUCAUUAUUAUUUGUUUAGAUUAGGUUAUUUUAUUAAAUGUUUUUUUUUAUACAAACAUGAAAGAAUUUCACUUAGUUUAACG